GCGGCGGGCCGGGCGGAACUUUCCAGAACGCUCGGAGAGAGGUUGGAGGAGCGGCGGCUGCCCUAGCUGCGUACAGCUACACGCUCCUUCCCGCUCCGCCGCCGGCCCCAGCCCGCUCACCGGCUAGAAAAUGGUGAAAGAAACGACUUACUAUGAUGUUUUGGGAGUCAAACCCAAUGCCACUCAGGAAGAAUUGAAAAAGGCUUACAGGAAACUAGCCUUGAAAUACCACCCUGAUAAGAAUCCAAAUGAAGGAGAAAAGUUUAAACAGAUUUCUCAAGCUUAUGAGGUUCUCUCUGAUGCCAAGAAAAGAGAAUUAUAUGACAAAGGAGGAGAACAGGCAAUUAAGGAGGGGGGAGCAGGUGGUGGUUUUGGCUCCCCCAUGGACAUCUUUGAUAUGUUUUUUGGAGGAGGAGGAAGGAUGCAGAGAGAAAGGCGAGGUAAAAAUGUUGUGCAUCAACUCUCAGUUACCUUAGAAGAUUUAUAUAACGGUGCAACAAGAAAACUGGCUCUGCAGAAGAAUGUGAUUUGUGACAAAUGUGAAGGCCGUGGUGGUAAAAAAGGGGCAGUGGAAUGCUGUCCCAACUGCCGAGGUACUGGGAUGCAAAUACGAAUUCAUCAGAUAGGACCUGGAAUGGUUCAGCAAAUUCAGUCUGUGUGCAUGGAGUGCCAGGGCCAUGGAGAAAGGAUCAGCCCUAAAGAUAGAUGUAAAAGCUGCAAUGGAAGGAAGAUAGUUCGAGAGAAGAAGAUUCUGGAAGUUCAUAUUGACAAAGGCAUGAAAGAUGGCCAGAAGAUAACAUUCCAUGGUGAAGGAGACCAAGAGCCAGGAUUGGAACCCGGAGAUAUCAUCAUUGUAUUAGAUCAGAAGGACCAUGCUGUUUUUACAAGACGAGGAGAAGACCUUUUCAUGUGUAUGGACAUACAACUGGUUGAAGCACUGUGUGGCUUCCAAAAGCCAAUCUCUACUCUUGAUAACCGAACCAUAGUCAUCACUUCUCAUCCAGGUCAGAUUGUCAAGCAUGGAGAUAUCAAAUGUGUGCUAAAUGAAGGCAUGCCAAUUUAUCGACGACCAUAUGAAAAGGGGCGCCUGAUCAUUGAGUUUAAGGUAAACUUUCCUGAAAAUGGCUUCCUCUCUCCUGAUAAACUCUCUUUGCUGGAAAAACUCCUUCCUGAGAGGAAGGAAGUAGAAGAGACUGAUGAAAUGGAUCAGGUAGAACUGGUGGACUUUGAUCCAAAUCAGGAAAGACGGCGCCAUUAUAAUGGAGAAGCUUACGAGGAUGAUGAACAUCACCCUAGAGGUGGUGUUCAGUGUCAAACCUCGUAAUGGGGUCAGUGAAUAGCACCCACUGCUGCAUUUUAAAUGCAGUAGUGAAUGAGUGAAGGACUAAUCAUAAUAAGCUCACUACUUGCUAUUGUUUUUUGUUGUAAUAUUCAACUGUAGUAGUGUUUUAAAAGUUAAAUGAAGAAUAAACAAAUAUAAAAGCUC